GCUUGGAUUGAUUUAGAUGAAGGAUUUGAUUUUUAGAAAUAGGUAACUUACAAAGGUGAAUACAAAAAUGGUAAAAAGGUCGGUAGAUGGUACACAUUGUAUAAAAGAAAAAAUUGUAAAUGUUUCAUAUUCAAUUUUAAGUUCAUAAUGUAUUGAUGCAGGUGGUGUAUAUAAUGAAGGUGAUGGUAGUAAAAUUGGAGUGUGGAUUGAGUUGGAUGAAGAAUUUAACGAUGAUAAAUAAGUUAUUUAUAAAGGUGAAUUUAAAAAUGGAAAAAAAGUUGGUUUGUGGGUUGAAAUGAAGAGAGAUAUGGAUAAAAUAGAAGAAGGAUUUGAAAAGAUAUAAGAAAUCAAAUAUGAUAAUUGA